UGAAUGUCAGUGUGAUUUUUUUUAGUAACAAUGGCGGAUGAAUUGCGUAUGAAUUUGGCAGCUGUGAAAAGAGCUGAUCCGUACGCAAAGGAUAUUGUGGAGACAUCGGCACACGUAGCGUUCUAUACGUUCAAUUACGAGGACAACGAGUGGGAGAAGACAGACGUGGAGGGAGCAUUUUUUGUGUACAGAAGGAAUGCGGAGCCAUUUCACAGUAUUUUCAUCAACAACAGAUUAAACACCAAUUCACUCGUGGAGCCGAUUACGGCUGAUUUGGAGAUUCAGUCGCAACCCCCAUUCCUCCUGUAUCGCAACGAACGCUCGCGCAUCCGGGGCUUUUGGUUCUACAACAAGAACGAGCUUGAGCGUGUGGCUGAUCUCAUUUUGAAGUACGUGAAGGAGUGUCAAAAGCAAAGGGAUAUGGAGGUGAACGCCACGGAGACGGAUGUGCGGCAAAAGUCCGUGAAUAUCUUCUCGAUGCUGAGUAAGGCACAGGAGGACUUUGAUAAGGCUAAUAGCACGAAGAAGGAUGGUGGGGGACAGAGGAAGCAUCCCGAGGAGACGGUGGGGCACGCCAAUGCAACGCCACAGAGUGUGAUGAAUUUCUUUGCGGCUGCAGCAAAGCCCACAGCAAAGGAGCCACCAUUGCUGCAGCGUCUCAUGUCCAAUCCCGCACACUCCGUGGAGCACAUUGAGAAGCAGCAGCGUGCCGUGACGCCACAGGAUAUGGUUGCCGGUCGACCAGCAUCGCCACAACGUCAGGAGAAUGGUGUAGCUAAUAUCCUCCGACGGAGUGCCACGUCCCCACAUGCUGCUGCUGCUGCCACAGAGUCUGCCACGAGUUUGCCCCAAUCGUGGGCAUCUGUACUGCAGUCGGCAAAUCAACGUACAGCCACGCGACCGAGUGACAAAGACACCGAUGAUCUCUAUCAGCUCCUCAAGCGAGCAGAUGCCUCCAAUUCCUCAACAUCAUCGAGCAUCAAACCAGCACUAAUGCCACCAACAAUGUUCCGGAAAGCUGGUGCAACAUCCCCCACAUCCAUCAUUGCCGGGGAAGAGAAGCCAGAGCCACUAACGCAGAAUCAACUACUACAAGCCAUGACGUAUCUCAUCAAGAAUGAUCCGGAAUUUGUGAAAAAGCUCCACGAAGCAUACCUCAAGUCAUUCUCCGAGAUGGUUUCCCUAUAACAUCCAGCAAAUUCGAAGAAGGACCAACGCAGGACCCACAGGAAGAAGAAGUAAAUUUCCAACACAGGACAGCCCCAUCUCUCACUCUCUCUCUCUCUCUGCCCAGCAUGUGGCCCCUCUUCGAUGCACUGAAAUACCAUGUGAGUCCUUAUUGUCCACAUUUCAUUGAAUUUUUCUUUUCCUCCCACACGACACAAUUACUAUUAAUUCAAUUUAUUAUUGUAAAAUAAUCUUUGUUUCUUAUAAAAAGAAAAAAAAAUGUUUCACUUGCAAAGUGUCUGAGAUUCCCUUUUUAUUAUUAAAAAGAAAAGAAUAAAAUUGUAAUAAAUAUUUGAAUUAAGAAAAAGAAAAAAUCUUGAAAGCUUAUCUGCUGCUCUUUUCCGAUAAUCCCCCUCUUUCCCCAUGAGCCAUGUUUUAAUGCGAUUAGUAUGUCUUACUAUGUUGGAUUUUUAUGGAUAAACAAUAUGCUGAAGAGAAAUAAUUUUAUUCUCUACAAUUUAUAUAAUUAUCAAACAAGCAAAGGAUUAAAAGAAAAAAAAUGAAGACGCACGCCUACAAUGUAAAACAAUGUUCUUCGUAUUUAGAAAGACAAAUAAAAAGCGUUUAAAUUUUGAAUAUAAUUAUUAAAAAGAGAUGAAAAAAAAGAAGGAAUGAAAAGGAAUUUUAUGGACUUUAUUAUUUCGUGUAAAUAAGAAAAAUAAGGAACCACUGCAUUAGUAAAUAAUAAAAAAUGUACUACAAUUAUAAUUACAAGAAAAAAAAUGCAUUGAAAUGUAAUUGUGUAAGGAAAUUAAAAAAAAUGAAGUCAUCAAA